AUGAGUCAUAUGCCUACUGAAGACUCGACAAAAGAUAAUACACUUGAUUCAAAAUCAUCCAACGAUAUUCUAUCUCAACUAUAUUCAAUGUCCCCAGCUACAGGAAAGAGUUCUUUUCUUGAUCAGGUUAAUUCUAUUGACGAUAAAGAAGUCUUGAGACAUAUGCUAAUACAAAAAGAACAAGAAAGAGACGAUAUUGCUAAUAAUUUGGAUAUAGCUGCAAGAUUAGGCUUAGCCAUCUCAGAGAAAAACGAAGAACUUCAAGCAAAACUAGAAAGAGUAACUCAAUCUGAAGCACAAGCUUAUAUGAAACUAUCAGCGUUGGAAGAAGAAAACAGGAUAUUGUUUUCUAAAGCAUCUCGUUCUAACGAACUUGCCUCACAAUUAGCCGCUAAUGAAGAACAAGUAAAAGUUUUACGUGAACACAAGACAUUUCUACAAAAAGAAUUAGAAACUGCUAGAAGAGAGUUGAAAAGGUUUCGCAAAGAAUUAGACAGUCUAUCAGGCCAAUUAAACGAUAUGGCUGAAGAUAUGUGGGAAUCACGUAAUAAAGUGGAACAACAUCUUUCAGAAACUCAAGAAAUGAAUGUAAAUCUUUCCAUACAACUUGAAAAAUCUGUAAGUUCACAAAAAAUAUCAAGCGCAACCACAACACAAAUCGUCAAAAUGAUCCAAGCUGAUCUAGGAAGAGUUGUACUCGAGAAUGAGAAUUUAAGAGCUAGUAUUCAUGAAUUAGAAAAUAGACAGGUGAAGUGUGAAGGGAAAUUAAGUGAAAUGAUGGUAUCAGCGCAGGAAUAUGCUCAUUUAUUAGAAGAAGCACAAGAUACAAUACACUCUCUAAGCGAAACCCGUCUUGAAUCAGAAAUUGAAACUUUGGAAAUAUCUCCCGGUAAAAGUCGUGGUAACUCGGAUCAAGUUGUCAAUCAGGAAACACCACCAAUGAAGCCAUUCUCUAAAGAAUUAGAACAACAUUAUAUUUCACAAAUGGCUCCAAUUCGUGCUACGCAUUUCAAUAAUAAUAGCUCAGUAGAUAUGAAAAAAGCUGCUGCUGGUCUAAAAUAUUUAUUAUCAGCUCGUGAGGUAGAAGGUGGUAAAGAUGGUGGUGGUAAAGGUAAAAGUCCGGAGAGAAGACCUUUUGGUGGUGGUUACGUUUUACAUUCUUAUAAUGUUCGAUAA